GAUACUUAGUAAUGGACAGGCACCAAAUUAGUCAUUCACUAAGGUGGUUUCAGGCAAAUGUCUUCAUAGGUAUGUUAACCUGAGCAAGUGUAUGAGUACGGUUUCCUAGAAAUAGAGCAAUGGCCACUGGUGGGUGGAACCUGUAAGCUGUUGCUAGCACUGGACCUUGAGACCCACAGGGAAUUAAAAUGUUUUCAUGUAAAUUGCAGUGGCUGAGAAUAAAACCAAAAGAAACGUUUGCUACCGGGACAGCCAAGAACCGUUGUGGUAGGUACAUCUAGGGUGUAUUUUUAGGGUUGCAAGACGGUGAACAGCCCAGUGUCUUCUAAUUAUAUGAAAUAUGUCAACGGAAGUAAGAGUGACAGUUUUCCUUCACACGUGUUUAGAUGUUUAAAAGCUUUACUGUUCAGGAGUUGAGGGCGUACCCCCUACGUCUCCAGUCACAAAGUGCUGAUUGGUCAGGGAGUACAUUUUUAAGGAGAGUGAGGUGGGUUGAAAAAGGAAAGUAGACUUCGACGAGGUAACCAGUGUGGUUAUACGUUUUAAGAUGUUUACCUGGUCAGGUGAAUGUACAGAGUGCCUUUAGAAUAUUAUUGGGAAGGUCAUUCGAUGCCGUUAUCAGUAACCUCAAACAUUCUGGGAGGUGUAUAAAACUUAAACGGAAGAUCAUUAUGGCUGUCAAACCACGUUGAAUGCUGGAGUGGGCGUCAAAACGCGCUCCUAAGUACGGCAGCUCACGUGACUUGUGGUACUUUAGUAGCGUAUCCGGAAGAAACAUGUCCGUUUCCAGUGUGUUCAGAGCUGGGUUAUUCGACCACAAAGUUGCUGUUGUGACGGGAGGAGGCACCGGCAUCGGCAAAGCUAUCUCUUCCGAGCUACUGCACCUAGGCUGUAAUGUGGUCAUCGCUAGUAGGAAGGUGGGGCAGUUGGAGACUGCUGCCGAGGAGUUGAAAAAGAGUAUACCCCCAUCCAGUCAUGGCAGGGUCACUCCUAUACCCUGCAACAUCCGCAACGAGGACGAGGUGAAGUCUCUUGUGCAGUCAGUGCUGAAACAGCAUCAUCGUAUCGACUACCUGGUGAAUAACGGAGGAGGCCAAUUCAGCAGUCCAGCAGAACACAUGUCUUCUAAAGGGUGGAAGGCGGUGAUGGACACCAACCUCACCGGAACCUUCCACUGCUGCAAGGAGGUGUACACUGGGUGGAUGAAGGAGAAUGGAGGAGUGAUCCUCAACAUCAUCGCUGACAUGUGGAAGGGUUUCCCUGGCAUGGCUCACACUGGAGCAGCGCGAGCGGGGGUAGACAACCUGACUAAGACCUUGGCUAUCGAGUGGGCAUCUUCCGGCGUCCGAGUCAAUGCCAUCGCACCGGGAACCAUCUUCUCCAAGACAGCCAUGGAGAACUACAAAGAAUAUGGACCAGCAUUGUUUCAGAUGUCGAUUCCUUUCAGCCCUGCUAAAAGACUUGGGGUCCCAGAGGAGAUCUCUCCAGCAGUGUGUUUUCUAUUGUCUCCUGCUGCUUCAUUCAUCUCUGGAGCCACUCUAAGGGUCGACGCCGGACAGAGUCUCUACCACGCUAUGUGGCAAAUACCAGACCACAGCGCAUGGCCUGAGGCUCCUGAAGGAGAGAACCUGAAUGCGCUGAAAGACCUGCUGAAGUCCUAGUCCAAGCUCUAGCUACAUACGGAAACACGGUUGUCGCUACGGACACAAAUCAUCGCUGCGGACACAAAUCAUCGCUGCAGUAACAUGCCCAUGGAAACCGACAGAUGUUUGUAAUUGGGAGAUGAAGAGUUUCUCAAGACCUAGUACAUUUACUUGGGGUGUGUUCAUUUUGUCAUUCAGUUAUUUGUAAAAUGUGUCUAAAGUGAAACAGACUGAACACACCCAGUGUUGUUUGCACCUAAUGUUUCUUUGGGAGUAUUCCUGUGGACUCAGCUUCUGUCUGUCUGUCUGGUCUCUACAGCCUAUUCACCUACAUAUCCUGUACAUCACUGUAAAUGACUGAUAUUAUCAAACCCAGGAGGUUAGCAGAGCAGAGCUGGAAUGGUGGAGGAUCGUGUCAUUUCGCACAGAGGAGAUUUAACAGGUGUCCCACUCCAGUACCAGUCAGCCAUGAUCAUGCUUGUUUCCUAGUUCACCCUUCAGAUGUAGGUAGCAUACAGAUAGCAUACUACAUGUGGUUGAAAUGUUGUGUGCUUCUACUCAAAUUGCCUACAAAACCAAAUACAUAAAUUGUUUUGAAAAUUAAUCAA